AUGGCGACAACCACAGUGACCGGUCACGGCCGACGCUCCUCCAUGCGCCAGACAGAAUUGCAAAUCCCAACCACGCCCGCGGACUCUCAACCGACAAGCAGUCCGAUAGACCAGUUCCCAGCGUAUGAAGACACAACCGAGCCCGCUGGGUCAGCCCAUCCGAAUCGGAGUGCGUCGGUGAAAUAUGGCCCCAAUGAGCUGUGGGAACCCCGGAAAGCCAGCUUCUACUCGCGCGAGUACGCGAACGGGACAUUAAGGAACCCCAAACACCGCCCACGGAAAAGCAUCAGUGAAGCCAUCUCUACGAUCAGAACACGCAAUGGCAGUGUGAGUGCCAACGCGCAGGAAUUGGCCGAGGCACUCCGUGCGCCGGUUUCCUACCGACUCACAGCCCUGUGCGUCGUUUGGUACCUGACAUCCGCCCUCACAAACACCUCCUCCAAAUCAAUCUUGAACGCCCUCCCCAUGCCUAUCACGUUGACAAUGAUCCAAUUUGCAUUCGUCUCGUUCUGGUGUUUAUUACUAGUAUACCUCUCAACAAUCAUCCCUCGAUUGCGACAAAGUAUUCCUAUACUUCAACAUGGAAUUCGAUAUCCGUCUCGGGACGUCAUUUCCACGGCCAUGCCUUUGGCAGUGUUUCAACUGGCAGGUCACAUCCUCAGUUCGAUGGCGACUGCUCAAAUCCCCGUCUCUUUGGUUCACACCAUCAAGGGUCUUUCGCCCUUGUUCACUGUUCUAGCAUAUCGGGUGCUUUUCCGCAUUCGAUAUGCCCGGGCAACCUAUCUAUCCCUCAUCCCCCUGACCAUGGGCGUGAUGCUCGCGUGCUCGACUGAUGUGUCCACAAACUUUUUCGGAAUCUUCUGCGCAUUCGGCGCAGCUCUGGUAUUCGUCUCGCAGAACAUCUUCUCCAAAAAGUUAUUCAACGAGGCAGAACGUGCGGAAUCUGAAAUGCAAAACCCUGGACGGCGAAAGCUGGAUAAACUCAAUCUUCUGUGUUAUUGCUCUGGGUUGGCCUUCUUCCUUACCCUGCCUCUUUGGUUUGUAACUGAAGGGUAUCCCAUGGUCGCAGAUUUCAUCAAUGACGGCGUGAUCUCGCUUUCAGGCAAGAAGGGGUCAUUGGACCAUGGUGCCCUUGUGGUUGAAUUCGUUUUCAACGGAGUCUCUCACUUUGCCCAGAACAUUUUGGCCUUCGUUCUGUUGUCAAUGAUUUCCCCGGUGUCGUACUCGGUGGCAUCAUUGGUCAAACGUGUGUUUGUGAUCGUUGUGGCGAUUGUCUGGUUCGGUAGCUCUACCACUUCAAUCCAGGCAGUUGGGAUUGCCCUCACGUUUGUCGGUCUUUACCUCUACGACCGCAACAGCCACGACGACGUAGCGGACCAAAGAGCUAAUGCGGAUCAUUUCCGGGCUCAAAAGUCCAUCUUGCCGAUGAACGUUCGACACUCAAGCAGGCCAUGGGACUCCAAUGGCUAUGCCUUUCCAGGGGGUAGGAAUGGCGAUGCCGUCAAGUCCGGCAACCCAUACCUCGCCACAAACAACUCCAAAAAAGAAGAUGACCGACAAGGGCACGUCCGACCCAGAGGAGCCAGUGUGUCCCGGACCUGGCUACCAGGAACAAAACAAGAAUCUACAUGGCAAGUCAACGACACGCAAGCUGCGACUUAG